GGCGGCCUCAAGCUCCACCAAGGGCCAAUGGCGGCCCACCUCCCACCUUUUCCUUCACUCAAGGGAAAGAGGGAGGAAUAGAAUAUUGAGGCACCGUCCUGGGAAGAUCUCCAUUCCUCUCUCUUCUCCUUCCUUCUCUGUGAGAGAGAAAGAGGGGAAGAGGAGAAGGUCUCAUCUUUGCUUCCGAAUCCUCUUCUUCUCCGCGACGUGUCGUCCUCUUCCUCCUGUUCUUCUUGAUUUCUGUAAUUAAUCGGAGGGAGGGAAAAAAGAAACUUUGGAAGUGUUCACAGUUUCGAUCUUUUGACAGAGGAAGAGGAGGAAAGGUCUCAUCUUUGCAUCUGAAUCUCAUCGUCUUCCUCCUGUUCUUCUUGAUUUCUGUAACUAAUGGAAGAAGAAGUCUUUGGAGGUAUUUAAAGUUUCGAUCUUGUCGCUAUUUGGAGAUUAAUUUUGGGCCGACUCGAGAUGCAAUGGCGAGGGCUGUGUUUUGAGUCCAUUGCUUUGUUCGGCCAAUUCAUGGUUUUGUUUUCUUUUUUCAAGUAGUCGAUUCCUGUAGCAGAUCGUUGACUUGUUGGUGCUUUGAUCGGUGAAUUUGGGCUGUAAUCUGGUCCAAAGUUGUAUUUUUAAGCUGGGGUUGACCAAUUAAUGGCGGCGCCAUGGAUGGAGGUCCUCCCGUCCGCGAUGGCGGCGGCGCCAUACUACCCCAACUCGAGCCUGUUCCUCGGUCGGAAGGCGUGCGGCGGGUUAGGCGCCGGGAGGUGGACGCAGGAGCAGAACAAGAGCUUCGAGGAUGCUCUAGCCAAGUUCGACGGCGACGCCCCCGACCGGUGGGAGAAGGUGGCGGCCUGCAUCCCCGGGAAGACCGUGGCCGACGUGGUGAGCCACUACGUCCACCUCCUCGACGACGUGAAGGAGAUCGAAGCCGGGAGGAUCCCCUGCCCCGGCUACAGCUCCGCCGCCUUUGCAUUGGACUGGGACGGCGGCUACGCCCUCGGGGCCACCAGCCAGCCGCGCUGCUACCUCGCCGGAAAACGGUUCGGCAGCCGGCCGGCCGACCAUGAGAGGAAGAAGGGAGUUCCUUGGACCGAGGAGGAACAUAGACUCUUCUUGCGCGGUCUCGAGAAGUACGGCAAGGGCGAUUGGAGAAACAUAUCGAGGCAUUUUGUAACCACAAGAACUCCCACCCAAGUGGCUAGCCAUGCGCAGAAGUACUUCAUCAGGUUGAACUCCGGUGGCAAAGACAAGAGGAGGUCGAGCAUUCACGACAUCACCACUGCUAAUUUGUUGGAUGACCAAACCCUCUCGUCCCCUCAGCUAUCGAACAUCAUGGCGCAGUCGAAUUCAACUGACCCAUCUGCAUUGCCAAGCACGAUCCCUAAAGAUGUUGUGAAUCCUUCCGUGCAUUCGAGUAGGUUUGUGCAAGAUCAUUUCCGCGCAUUGUCUUAUGGAUUCAACUUUUCAUCUCCAUGGAUGAGAUGUUGAUCGUGCCUUGAAGUAGAAGAAUUUUGCAUUUCACGGAAAGAAUGCAAAGGGUCUUGAAAAGAGGACAGAUAUAUAAUCAUGUUCACAUAACCCUAUUUGUCCUCCUUGUGCAUUAUGCUAUUUAACAUCAAUGUAAAACCCUAGAAUAUAUCUAGUGAAACAUAUAUCCUUAUGCCAUGUAGAUUGGGAGUAUUUUAGAAGGCAAAACUAUGUUGAUUAGAGCUGGUAA